GCGCGCCAGAGAUCGCAUGAUUUAUGGCGCACUGGGGUUUUGUAAUUUCGCAAAUAACAAAGUGACUCAGACCUGUCGCUCAUACGUGAAACCGCCAUCCACAACUUUGCACUUCGCGGAUUAUUCGAGAGAGAGAGUACGAACGGCAUUCGACAUUUUAACAUUUUAUGCCGAUCGCUCAGCAAGAGUCCUUGCUUUAUCCUGAUUGCUAUGUAAAGAGUUUGACGGGGAUCCUGAUAUUGCGUCACGGAAUCUCAUCGUUGUCGCGAAACAACAAAAGUGAUCAUUGAAAGUUAAUUUCUUCGAUUCUGUGCGCUUUCGAGAAUUUCGCAAAAUUGUUGAAGGAGCAAUGUCUGACGAACAAUUCUCCUUGGUGUGGAAUAGCUUUCCGAGAAAUCUAUCUUCAGGUCUGUACACUUUGUUGACAGACGAACAACUUGUGGAUGUUACACUAGCAGCUGAAGGUCAAAUCUUACGAGCACACAAACUAAUAUUGUCAGUUUGCAGUACAUAUUUUAGAGAGCUUUUUAAGGUAAAUUCAUGUAAACAUCCUAUUGUUAUACUGAAAGAUGUCAAUUAUCGAGAUUUAUCUGCUAUGCUGCAUUUCAUGUAUCAAGGAGAAGUUAAUAUAAAGCAAGAAGAUAUUGCUAGCUUCCUUAAGGUUGCAGAAACUCUCCAGAUAAAAGGACUGACUACAGAAUCAGAUGAAAAACUCGAAGAUACUCUCAGAAGAAAUGUCGAAGACUUUGAGGAUCGUUUUUUUGAUGUGGAAAGACACAAGAGUGAUCUCCCCAUCACAAAUGAAACAAAUGUUUCCACUAUCGGCAGACUGUCACAUCACAUCACAGAGAAGGAGCAAUCGACGGCAAUAAGGCGAAAUACUGCAACAGAAAAUUUGACAGGAGAAGUCAGACAAUUCACAGAACAGACAUCAAGUAUCACUUGCCAUCAACAUGGUUGCAUGGAAGGCGACUAUAAUCUCCCGGACAAACUGACAGCAUUCAGCGAGACGUGUAAAAUCGAAGGCGUACCGGAUAAAAUGGAAGAGUCGCCGUUGGAUUGCACGUCCGAUGUGAAUCAGCCGCAGGAAGCGAAGCACGAACCAUUGGAUUAUAGGAUGGAUACAGAUACAGAAGCCAGAUACAAAUCAUAUACAGCGGAGAAAAUACUCUAUAAUUCCGAGGAGAACACGCAACAGAAACAAGAUUAUGCGCCAGAUAUGCAGUUAGUUCCCUACAAUCAGAAUUCACAAAAUCAGCCGUUCGCAGAUUUCAACAAUGUGACGGCGUUUCGAGGCGACUUCACGUACGACACGGCGAAUGCCAGCAGCAAAGGUCGGCGUACUGUCAAAGGUAUCCCGGGCAGCAGUCUGCCGCUGGAGACGACGUUGCGCGUUAUCUCGGAGCUGGGUCCUACGCUGCGCAUGGAACGCGGCAAGGUAAUACGCAUGUAUGCGUGCCCGUGGUGCCUGCGUCACUUCACGCGCAAGGAGAAUCUCAAACUCCAUGUCCGUUAUAUACACGGUCCGCUUGAAAGUCUCACGUGUAAGCUUUGUGGUAAUAAAUAUAAGAACAGUAAUAGUCUGCGUGUACACUCCUACCUCUAUCACAACGCCAAGCGGGAUAAGCAGCCCAGCAAGUCGGCCGGUGGCGAUGACGGCGGGGACGCGUAAAGCAAUAGUUUUUUUCUGAAGAGAAACGGUUCUCUUUUCUCUCUAUCUUUAUCCUUUUUUUUUCUACGAGCUACCGCGCUGAGAAUAUUAAACAUUCGCGCAUUAAAACCAGACAAGUAUGACUUAGCGAGCGUUGCGAAAAGAGUGGAAUUUGUUAUAUUUACCUGUCUACGUACGCAUUAAUCCGGCAUACAAUCUAGACACAGUACUAAUAAAUACCGAGUAUUUCUAUACGUUGCUAGAUAAGCGGAAGAUUUAUAGAAAUAAAGAACGCCUUAUUGUGUA